AUGCCGUCCCGCGGAGCAAAUCGAACGCCGUCCCUGUUUCCCUCGGAGCUGCCUGCGGCCGAUCUGGUGCCCAAGGUAUCUCCGAACAGCAAAACGCAAACCCAAGCUCGUCCCGAGAGCGAGUAUCACUAUGCCCUGCCGCCCUCGAUCACCACGCACAUCCCAGCGUUGUUGUCAAAUCGAUUUCAGCGAGCAAUUGCAUUGAGACAGAGAAGGAAUGAGCUCAGCGAACUCGCAAGCGGAGACCCGGCCGGCACUCUGCCGCCACUCAAGAGCGGGCCCUCGGGGCAAGGUGACGGCCAGGCGACAUCCUCGGCAAUGGCCGCCGGUCUGGGUCGAUCCCAGUCGCCGCAAACCGAGGGGGACAGCAAAACUCAGGGCAAAACCGACAACAAUAUGAUCGAUUCACUCGAUAGCGCAAAAUACCGCCCGUUCCCUCUCAGCGAUGGAUCGUCAUUCUCCCCGAAUCGCAUCGGACGGCGAAGGUUCCAAAACCUGGAUCCACUCACCAAGGCAAAGUACCUGGCCUACCAGCCGCCCGCACCGCCGUGCGCCAAGCAGAUCAACGACUCGGAGCGACGGGCGCGCUCGUGGGAAGUUGCGGAGCGCAAGGCAACCAACGAAUGGGUCAGCAGCGUGCUGAAGCGAUGGGAGCGACGAAAGCAAGGCGUGCUCGUCUGCACUGGCGAGGAGGGCAAGGCAGGGACGCUGGGAGCCAAGAAGGCCGUGGAUCGGAUGAAAGGCAAGAUUGAACGAGCGAUUGCAGCCAGGGAAUCCGAGUUGCAGUUCUUGGUGGAGGGACAGUCCAACUCCAUCGAUGCCAUUCGUCUGAAGGAGCAUUUGGAUCGAAAGCAUGGCAAGAUCAGACUGGGCAAGAUCUACACCGACAAGGACCGGAUUCGGAUCGAGGAGCUCCUGAGCUGA